AUGACGUUGCCAGAAGACUUGAAGUUGCUUUUUGUCCAGUGGCUCCAGGAUCUCGCGGUGGAGGCAACUAACAAAGGCUCCAAGAUGGCUCUUACCUACAAUCGCGCUUUCAUGAACGUGAAAAACCAUCCCGAGCCAGUCAACGAUCCAAAGACCUUGAAGCUGAUACGAUUUGUUGGCGACAAGACUGUAGUUCUCUUGACCACCAAGCUCAAAAAGUACUGCGAGCUGCUUGAAGUUGCCAUGCCAAAUGCAUUUGCAGCUAAUGAGUCCAUCGUUGUUGCUAAUAAAAGGAAAUCUGAUAGUUCAGGCUCAGAACCUGCUAAAAAACCACGCAAAAAAAGACCGUAUGUUCCAAAGCAUCGCUCAGGCGGUUUUGCUAUCUUAUUGGCAUUGUAUCUCAGGGAUCGCGUUCGGAACGGCCUUGGUCGUGAAGAUAUAGUCAAAGCUGCUACUCCAUAUUCCGACAAGUCAUUUUCUUCCAAUCCUGCUGCCAACGACUUCUACUCAGCUUGGAGCUCUAUCAAAGUGCUCAUGAACAACGACUUAGUGAGCUGCUCAGGAAGAUCACCUAAGUUGUACUUUUUGACCGACGAAGGUUUAGAGUUAGCACGGCAAUUAAAAGACACAGAAGGCAUGCAUUCUUCGCCAUUACGCCAGGAGCCAGAUAUAUCAUUUGACAACAAAUUAAGAGUCACUCCGGAUACCAGUAACAUCCGCUUUCUGGACCCGUAUAAUUUGAUUGAUCUAGACAUCACUAUAGAUACUGUCCCCGGCAUUUCUUCGUGUCCAUUGAAGACAGGCUCACGAUCUCUGACAGAUGUGUCAGCGAAGCUCAGUAUUGAAGCUUUACCGCAUGAUUCUACAAAUAGGAUUUUUGAUGGUACCAGGUAUGACAUUUGGACUCAAGAUGAGGUCGAGGUGAUUAUCAUCAUUGACAGCAGAGAGGUGCGGUCACUGCUGGAGCGAGAUUUCUUUGAAAAACGAUUGAGCUCGUUUGGUGUAAAAUGCGAAGUCAGAGCUCUUUCUGUUGGAGAUAUUGUGUGGAUAGCCAAACACAAGAAAACAGGUAAAGAAGUAGUACUUAACCAUAUCUGUGAGCGGAAGAGAAUUGACGACUUGGCCUUUUCCAUACGAGAUGGCCGUUUCCAGGAGCAGAAGAACCGGUUAAAAAAGACUGGAAUGAAAAACUACUACUAUUUAAUCGAAGAAGCUGGCAUGGGUGUAAUGGACCGUGUUGCGGAGAUGGCCGAAUCCAUACAAACUGCAAUCUCUAUGACGAUAACAGUUUCCGACUUCUACUUAAGAAGAUUCAAAGAGAUUAAUGAAACGGUUUCCUUUCUCGCGUCGCUUACACAGGUAAUUCAAAAUAACCUUCUACGUGACAACACUAAGUUGGUUGUAAUACGUGCUCAAUCGCUAAAGAACCAAACUGAGUAUACUGAACUUGUCAUCAAGUUUCGAGACAAGUUUGAAACCCGAAACACCUCCUACGAGUGCGUCCACUAUUAUCCUGUUUUCCAGGAGCUUAUGGGAAAAUCGGUGACAACCGUGCGAGAAAUGUUUAUCGUCAUGCUUAUGAGUAUUCGAGGUGUUUCCUUGGAACGAGCCAUAGUGAUCCAAAGAAGGUUCCCUACACCAAAGCUGUUGAUAGAAUUUUAUACUUCAGAACAUGGUUCAGAUACUGAAGAGGAAAAGAAAAGGUUACUUGAGUACGAAUUUAGGAAUGAAAUUGGUAACAAAAAAAUCGGCAAGGUUUGCCUGGAAAGAGUAUAUGAUGCUUGGGGAAAGCAAUAA